GACAUGGCCGAAACAGCAUGUGCAUCGACAGAAGCGAAUCCAGCUGAAAAUUUUACCUUUUAACCGCCUUUUUCUGAAGUUUGGGGGCUUUAAAAGUUCCGCGGGACGUAAAGGACAAUAAGAAAUAAAGUCAACAAGUCUGAUUUGAACGCGCGGGUUCGCCAAAAUGCCUCACAGGAAGAAAAAGUCAUUCAUAAGCAAGAAGAACGCCGUGUCGUUCCACCUGGUGCACAGAAGUCAGAAGGAUCCAUUGGCGGCAGACGAGAAAGCGCCUCAGCAUGUCCUCUUACCAGCCUCAAAGGUGGAGACGGAGAAGAGAAAGGAGGAGCAGCGGAAGUUCGGGGUGUUUUUCGAUGAUGACUACGAUUACCUGCAGCACCUCAGAGAGGCGUCCGUGCCCGCGGAGCUGGUCUCCGCCCCGCAACCUCGCCGAGACACGCGAUCUGUGACCUUUGAGGAAGAGAUGGAGGAGGAGGAGGAGGAGGAGGAGGGCGAGGAGGAGGUCAUCACGAUUCCUGCAGCCUCCAUCAACUUGCCUUCAUCUGUGUUUGCAUCAGAGUUUGAGGAGGAAGUGGGUUUGUUAAACAAAGCAGCUCCUGUAUCAGGCCCGAGGCUGGAUUUGGACCCUGACAUUGUGGCAGCGCUGGAUGACGACUUUGACUUUGAUGACCCAGAGAACAUGCUGGACGAUGACUUUGUCAUUCAGGCCAAUGAUGUAAUGCCAGGAGACGGCAACGUGGGAGCUGCAGUCGCGCCACUGAUGAAUGACGCUCUGGAAUUCUACAGCGACGAGGGUGAUGAUGAUGAGUGGACGGAUGAGGACGAGAGCGCAGAGGAGGAAGAGGACGAGCAGAACUACGACUCGGCAGGCGGCCUGUCGGAGGACGAUGGCGAGUACGAAGGUGGCGAGCGUCAGUUUGCGUUCAUGGACUGCGAGACGAAGAGCCGCUUCACAGAAUAUUCGCUCACCUCCUCCGUCAUGAGGAGAAACGAACAGCUCACGCUGCUCGACGAGCGCUUCGAGAAGUUCUUUGAGCAGUUUGAUGAUGAUGAGAUUGGUGCGCUGGAUAACGCAGAGCUGGAGGGCUUUAUUGACCCCGGCAGCAUGCGGCUGGAGGAGGUCAUAAAGGACUACUUCAAACAGAAGGAGAAAGAGUACCAGAAGCCGGAGCAACUGGGUCCGGCUGAGCUGCCCUCAGUGAAGGAAGAGGAGGAGGAUGAUGAAGUACAGGAGAUGGAAACGCUGGUUAUUGAAGAACCGCCUGCAGAGAAAUGGGACUGCGAGACCAUCAUCAGCACAUACUCAAAUCUCUACAAUCAUCCAAAACUGAUAGAAGACCCACCUAAGCUCAAGCAGAUCCUUGUGUCCAAUAAGACUGGAAUUCCUCUGGAUGUUCUGCCUAAGAAGGGGCCGACGGCCAGACAGGUGGAGCGGAUGGAGAGAAUAAACGACUCUGAUCUGCCCAGAGCGUCCACACAGCCUCGCUCACGAGAGGAGAGCAAAGAGGACCGUAAACUCAGAAAACAAGCUAUUAAAGAGGAGAGGAAGGAGCGCCGGAUGGAGAAGAAGGCCAACAAGGUGGCAUUUAAGCAAGAGAAAAUGAUGCAGGAGAAGCAGAUGGUUAGCCUGAGGGCUAAUGUACAGGGCAUGAAGCUGUCAUAGCCUCAGUGGACACAGACAGAUGGGACUUUGGAGGCGUUCAGUUCUCUGUAUGAUUUUCACAGAAUAAAUGUGUGUGUAUAUACAGCAUAAAGAGUGGAGGCACUGCUGUCAGCUCCCUGCUCUGAGGCGGCUUCAUUGGGUGGUGCAAGAUUUAAUACAGACGAAAGCAGUUCAUGUGCAGACGUGGCCUGUUGGUGGUCAGACAUACAUCAGAGACUGAAUUCUCUCAGUGAGGAUGGUUUGAUUUGUUGGAUCGGCUGCCGUGUGAGGCCUAGCCUCAUUACCUCAUGAUAUAAAGUCAGUUAAUAGUUAAUUUGAAUAACAUCUUAUCAGGGAUUUCAAUCUGUGUCUUUCACUCCACCCACUUCUUGUUUGUUACGGGAAGUCAAACCUGUGACAAUCUAGAACUUUGAGUCAGAGUUCCAUACUGGAACGCUUCAGGUGUUUUCGAUUAUUGCACCACAAUGGACAAGUCAUAAUGGGCGGAGCUACAGUUCUGAAAGUGUGCCCUUUUUUAUUUUGGUAGUUAAAGUGAUCUGAGUAUCUGUAACACUGGUUGCCCUUCAUACUGAAUGGCAGAAAUGUUCAUCAAACAUAAAUUAAAACGAAUUACCUGUUUGUGAA